CAUGACCCCGUCUCGUCGAUUAAAACCAGCAAUCGUCGUUUUCUCUCCUCCCCCAGCUUCUCUCCUUCAGGGCAGCCAAUCUCCUGCUGUAACGCAUCAAAUUUGGCGGCCAGAGUCAACCAUUACUGUCCGCGUCAGUAGAUUUGGGUGUUCGAAUGUUCUCUGGCCCCAUUCUUUUCUCCAAGGAGAGCUAAUUUAUUUGCGUUUCGGCGUCGAUUUAGGGUUAAUCUGGUAUUGGUUCGAGUUUUUUUGGUUGUUUUUGGAGCAACUUUGGUUUCGGAUAUUUGGAUUUCUAUCGGAAUCUCUUAUUCAUUUGAGGAUCAUUGUUUUUGUUUGAAGAAAUUUGGGUGGGUGGGUGUUGAUUUCUUGUUUUCCUUUUUUCCUUUUUGCAGAGUUGACAAAAUUUAUAUUUUUUAAUGUUUUCCCAAUUCUAGAGCAUUUUGGGAUUGAUUACUAAAUUCUAGAGCAUUUAGAAUUGUUGGAGAAAGAGUGGGAAAACUUAAUAAGGAUAUUGAGAGGUUCAAACUUGUGAAGGAAAGAGUUGUUUUACAAUGCCGCCUCUUGUGUCGGCCUCUAAGGCAGUUGGGAGGUUGUUAUCAGGUAGAAACAAUGUAGGGUUGUUGCUGAGGUCUGCUAGGAAUCGUGGACGGUUUGGAAGAUUUGUGCAGCUUCGGUGCUUGAGUAGCAUUGCAGGUAUUGAAAGUGCAUCCGUCGAUAAGUUGGUUGGCACUGAUAACGAUGUUAACUUUCCACUGAGGAACAUUUAUAGUAUUGUGCAAAGGAGGAACUUCCUUGGUUGUGGAGAUGGAGAAGAGGGGAAUGUUCUUUCUAAGACUUACGAGGAGAGGCGUGUCAUCGGGUACUCUCCAGAGCAGUUAUUUGCAGUGGUUGCAGCUGUUGAUCUGUAUGAAGAUUUUGUUCCAUGGUGUCAGCGAUCAGAGAUACUUCGACGCAAUGAUGAUGGAUCUUUUGAUGCUGAGCUGGUGAUUGGUUUUAAAUUUCUUGUUGAAAGUUAUGUUUCCCAUGUAGAGUUGAACAAACCCAAGUCUAUAAAGACAACUGCAACCGAAAGUGGUCUUUUUGAUCAUUUGAUAAACAUUUGGGAGUUUAAUCCAGGACCAGUUCCAGGGACUUGUGAUCUUUAUUUCUUGGUGGACUUUAAAUUCCAGUCACCUCUUUACCGUCAGGUGGCAUCUAUGUUCUUUAAGGAGGUUGUCUCUCGUCUCGUGAGUUCUUUUACUGAUCGCUGCCGUCUAAUAUAUGGACCUGGGGUCCAAGUCCUUGAAAACUCUUAUGGAGGACAGAGGGCAUAAAAAUGGUUUUCAUUGAACCUGACAUCAGAACCAGAGAAUACCGACCUCAUCAAUUUGCUGCCUUGGACGCAUGCUGUGAGGUCAUCUAACUCUUUUAGAGGCUCGUACUGCAUUGCACUCCAAGAAUUGCUGUUUACCUAUUUUCUCAAGUUUAGUUUGUAGAUAGUGAAUUUUGGUGAUUACAGUAUGAAAGGUUAAAAGGUCCAUUUAAAAUAUUCUGGUUUUACACCUCAACAUAUAUUUUUUGGCUAACGGAUUUUCUACCUUGAUUUUCUGUAGUGCUUUAGUCCUCUGGUGGGAUGUUAUUCCUCACGUUAUGUAAUUGGGCUAUUCUUCUACUUAUGUAGUAAUAUUAGUUCCUCUUUCAUGUAUAAUUGUACAUCAUUAUUAUAACAUUUAUCAUUACCAUCUAGUGAUUAAUAUACCA